GAUGAAUUAAUGGAGCUAGAUAGCUACCUAAUUUAAAUAAAAUAUUAAAUUAUUUGAUCGAAUAGAUGAAUCUGAGUUAUGCAAAGAAUCAAGUUUUGAGAUUAAUUAUUAGAUGAGAAAUAUAAAAUACAAAAAAGAAAGACCUAUUGAACCAGAUUAACCAGAUCCAGAUGAAUGUUGUGGUUCAGGUUGUUAACGUUGUGUUUUAGAAGUUUAUUAUGAGAAAUUAGAGUAAUAUGAAAAAGACUUAAUGGAAUGGUUAGCAGAGUAAGAUGAAAAUGAAGAUGAUGGAAAAAAUGAAUAAAGUUGAA